GAGAAACUCCAGAAGGGAGAAUUUAAGCAAGAGGAUAUCAACAGUGGAUUGUUUCAACCAGAUUUCAGUAAAGAAUGGCAGGACAAAAAGGCAUCGAUGCCAUAUGGCCAAGUACCGGUGUUAGAAACUGAGGAUGGUCUAAAAAUAGCGCAAACAAAUGCUAUACUUCGCCAUCUUGCAAGAAAGUUUAAACUAUAUGGAUCAACUGAUGAACAAGCUACAGAGAUUGACAUGCUCAUUGAAUUUGAAAGUGACCUCAGAGAGAGAAUAUACACCAUGGUCUAUUCUAACUAUUUCAAUGGUAAUAGAGAAAAGCUGAGCAACUUUGUUAUCCCUCAAGGGCUGACAAUAUUAGAGGGGCUCUUGAAGAAAAACAAUGGU